AUGAACCCGCACAUCCCCACGCACCCGCCCUGGACGUCCGCGCUCGUCCCGGAGCUGUCGCCGCACGCGGACCGGCGCGGCUCGGCCUACAGCGAGGGCGAAGGCAAGAGCGACGACGUCGAGAUGGAGCCGCGCCCGCGCCCGCGCCCGCGCGUGCCGCCCGGCGCACGGAAGGGCCUCGGGACGCAUUACGAUUUGCGGCCGCUGCUUGUUAGGAGACAUAUUCUGAUGAUAUCGCUCUCCGGCACGAUCGGCAUGGGCAUUCUGAUCGGCAGCGGACAGAUCCUGCGGCUGUGCGGGUCCGCGGGCGCGCUGCUGUCAUACCUGUUCACCGGGUUUAUCCUGCACUGCGUCGUCUCGUCGCUCGGCGAGAUGGUCUCGCUCAUUCCCGAGUCUGGCGCGCUGAUGAAUUUUCCCACACGGUUCGUGGACGGCGCGCUCGGAUGGACUGUCGGGAUUGCGUACUGGUUCUGCUAUUCGAUGGGAGUGACGACGCUGGUCACGAGUACCGCUAUUCUAGCGACCGGGUUUAAUCCAGAUGUGAGCCAGGGCUGGAUUAUUACUGGAGUUCUGGCGGUUGUUAUUAUUAUUAAUGUUUUUGGCAUCCGUGUGUUCGGUGAGGUCGAGUAUGUCAUCGGGUUUUUGAAGGUGGUGCUACUGGUUGGGUUGAUCAUCUUGAUGUUGUUUAUCAAUCGCGGCGCUGGGCCGAAGGGGAAGGUUCAUGGCGUCGAUUAUUGGAAGGCUAAGUACCGCUUUUCGCCGAACUUUGGCGGUAAAGAAAACCUCGAUGGUGACCUUGGCCGGUUCCUGUCUAUCUGGAAGGGUAUGACUCUGGCCGCCUUCGGAUACAUCGGUAUCGAGAUUGUCGCAGUCACCGCCAGCGAGGCAAAAUACCCGCGCGACGACCUCCCCCGCGCCACCAAACGCAUCUUCUGGCUGACCUUCAGCCUGUACCUCGCCGCGAUCUUCUCCGUCUCCCUCGCGGUGCCGUACACGGACGGCGGUCUCUCCAACCUCUUCGACCCACGCAACGCGACCGGCGACCUCUCGCCCUUCGUAAUCGCAAUCAAGAACGCGGGGAUCACCUUCCUCCCCGGCUUCGUGAGCGCAGCCCUCAUCUUCGCGAAUAUGAGCACAGCGAACACGUCCCUCUUCGUCGCGAGCCGGACGCUCUACGGCAUGGCCGUCAAGCUCGACCACGACACGCACCCGGUGCUCUCCGUGUUCCGCCAUACAACCAAAAAUGGCGUCCCGCUCGCCGCCAUCUUCGCGAGCUGCAUCUUCGCGCCCCUCGCCUACCUCCAGUGCGGCGGUGGCAACGCGCAGGAGCUCCUCGGCGUCUUCUCCCAGAUCGAAACUGUCGCCUGCCUCAUCGUCUGGCUGUGCCAGUGUCUAGCGUUUAUCCGGUUCUAUCACGGAUUGCAGACUGGGACCGCGCCGUACGAUCGCGCGAGCGGCGAUUAUCCAUACGCCUCCCCUGGCCAGCCCGCCGCCGCGUAUAUCGGCGCUGUGGGGUGCGCGCUGCUAAUCCUGUUUAAUGGCUUUGAUGUGUUCAUUUUCAGGCCGUUCAAGCAGGCGGAUUUUUUGGCGGCGUAUCUCGCGGUGUUUGUCUUUGUGCUCAUCUAUGCGGUUACGAAGCUGCUGGUCGUGAGGACGCCGAUGGUGGGUGCCGCGGAGAUGAGCUAUAGUAUUCAUCGCGAGGCGUUUGAUAGGACUAGGGUUAGGAGGAGGAGGGGCUGGGCGUGGGAGUUUGCGAGUUGGGUUUUUGGGUAGGCAGUAGGGGUUAUCGGGGGACGGGGUGUUUUGGGGGUUUGGGUUUUGGGUUCAAUUGGUUUUGUGGCGGGAAUUUUUGGGGAUUUGGGCCGCAAACCAUGAUACGAUCAUACGAAUGAAGAGAAUCUCAUAGUGCGAAUGGAGAUAAUCCAUCAUCGUGAUCGGAACGCGCCGCAGACCCGAACAGUGGGCUGCCCGGGCGCCCAUGGCCGAACCAACUCCGGCAACACCGGCCAGUCAGUCAAUCAGUCACAGCCAUCGCCGGAAGACAACGAUGAUGCUCAAUAUCGAACACAUGUAGACAGUGCCGAUAUCACGAUAUCAGGAUAGUAAGAUACCAAGCUGCAGGUACCUACCCAGCAGCACUCCCAACUGCCGAGUCCCGAUUCCCGAGUCCGGAGUCCCGAUCUCCAACUCCCGAGUCCGGAGUCCCGAGUCCCGGCUCCGAGUUCGGAGUCCCGAC